AUGCCAACGGAGCACAGAAACGAUCAUGGUACAACACGAAAGCCGGUUUCCAGAAGCCACCGCAAAACAGAUCGUACCAUGAACCAUAAUCGAUCCAAAGAACCCGUUGGCGAAAACCAUCACACGUACAAAUCUGGUCAUUCAUCAGUACCAAAGACCAAAAAGUAUCCCGGUCUUUCUAGUCACGAAGCCGGCGACAGUUGGGAAAAUCCCAGCUAUUACGGACAUGAAUUAGCACAAACUUCAAAAUCAGACAUAGCAGAGUCUGCGAAAAGCGGCUCAAAUCCGGAGAAACAUGGCGAGGAAGUGUCGCGUGAGAUCACAUCAAAGCGGAGACAUCACAAGAUUGACUCAGGAAAAAAGAAAACAUUUUCCUCACGUAUCAGUGGUGAACAUAAGAAAGAAAUAACACACAUAAAAGUAAAAAUUCCUGGUGAUUCUGGAAUGAUGGAACGAAGGGAGAGCACAGAAAGGAUGAUAAAGAGACCGACUGAUAACAGAAACGACUCAAACUUAUGUUCACACAAUUUAAGGCCCAAUGAUGAAGAAGAAGUGACUUCUACGGCAAAGGCUUCCGCUGAAACGGAAAAUGCAAAAAAAUGCAUUGAGCGAAUGGACAAGACAUUGGCAGCAAACGAAGGAGAAAACAAGUUGAGGUGUGUUUCCGAUGACUUAGCUAAGGAAAAUGAUAUAAAAUCAAGGUCAAAGGAAUGUUUUAAAGUUUCACUCACACAUGAGGUGGAAGGAGAAAAUUCGUGCUCAUUAAAUUCUAAUGACGAAAGAAAAGAAGCUUACCGUGUUUCGGAGCGCCAAGACAGUGACUAUGAAGAAUAUACUAGUGACUUUGAUGAGGUCGCUCCUAGUUCAAGCUCAUCCAGGUAUUCUGAUAACGAUAUGUCAUCCAAAGAAAAAUAUUCAGUUUGUUUCUCCAACGCAGUGGAAUCACAACAACCUACAGGUCGAGAUAACUCCAAUUCUCCGCAACUGAUUGAUUUUAAUCGUUCUUUGAACGACAGCCGACACCGAAUACAACAACGUCUCAAACAACGCGCGUCCGAUCUAAGGCGCCUAAUUGAAUUAGAACUGGACUCGUGCAUAUCCGUAUUCGAUUUGAGACCGCUGGACGAAUACUCGAAUUAUAUGCUUCGUUUCGGAAAGGCAAAUCGUAAUCAAGUUCAAUCACAAACACAAGACGAUGCGAUAGACAGAGACGUUCAAACAGAUCCGAUUGAAUACUGUUCAAGUGGGGGAAUAUGGACCCAGUGGCCUCCUUUGGAUAGCGGCGAAUGUUGGGGUAAAUAUGACAAUUCGAGUGAGUGGGACAAUAAACGGAACCGCUUUAUCAUUUGA